UGGGAGGGCACACUUGAACUGAGCUGCUCUAUGAAGGUAGGCUGCAGCGUGUGUUUAUUGAUGAGAUGAAAAGAAGAUGGAAGUGAGAAAUGAAACAAAGUAAAGGAACAUAUUAAAAAAAAAAAACUAUAAGCGCUUCGUCGGGGGAAAACAGGGGGAAUCGUGGAAACGCUGUCGCCACUUUUUGAACGAGCUUCGAAGUGCAGAGCAACACAUGAUUUGGACAGAGAGGACUGACAGCCUUGCCUAGCACCUGGCCUCUGAUCAGCCAUCUCCACCAGCAAACUGAAGCUUGACCUGCACUUCAUCACCAGCCACACAAGCAUCUUUGGAAAAAAACGUCAUCUAACUGUGACAUCAGUUGCAAGGGGAUGACCGAGCGCAUUCAUAACAUCAAUCUCCACAACUUCAGCAAUUCUGUACUUGAGACCCUCAAUGAGCAACGCAACCGUGGGCACUUCUGUGACGUGACUGUUCGGAUCCAUGGAAGUAUGCUGCGAGCUCACCGGUGCGUGCUGGCUGCUGGAAGCCCCUUCUUUCAGGACAAGCUGCUCUUGGGCUACAGCGACAUUGAGAUCCCUUCUGUGGUCUCAGUGCAAUCCAUCCAAAAGCUGAUUGACUUUAUGUACAGUGGGAUUCUGCGGGUAUCUCAGUCAGAGGCCCUGCAGAUCCUAACUGCUGCCAGCAUCCUACAGAUCAAGACCGUCAUUGAUGAGUGUACCCGCAUCGUGUCCCAGAAUGUGGGCCUGGCUGGGCCGGGGGGGUUCCCUGUUAUACCAGGAGACUCUGGUCAGGAAACGCCCCGUGGCACUCCAGAGUCUGGCACCUCCGGGCCCAGCAGCGACGCAGAGUCAGGUUAUAUACAAGCAACAUCACAAAGCAUGGACCGUGCAUACACAUCACUGUACUCAUACCCUGGCCUCACUCUGCAGAACGGCACCCGCGAGCGCCCCCUGUACAUUAACCCUAUGUCGAUAAAUUGCGAUCUGACUCUCAGCACUCAGAAGGACCAGCAAUCUCAAGAUCCGCCCUGGAUGAACCGCAUCCAGGAGAGAUCUCAGCAGGUCGACCGCUUCAUCUCCACAGCAGAGUCCACCCACUGCCGCAAGCAACCCCGACCGGUACGCAUACAAACAGGAGGGAUGCACAUAAAGCAGGAGGCCGAAGAUGAGUACAGCUGCUACGAUAAUUUGGACUGCCACGAUGACACUGACCAUACUGAGGGUGUGGAGAGUGAAUCCAAGGUUGAAAGUUUUGACUCAGGGGUGAGCUCCUCCAUCAGUACUGAGCCAGAUGCUAUGGAGCAGCAGCCGUACCUGACGGCCUUUAGCCGAGACGGGGGCGGGGACGGUCAUCCCGGUGAAGGAGGUCCAGUGCAAAUAGAGGUCAAUGACUCGUCCCCAGAGCAAGUGCAAGACACAGACGACGGGGACACAUCCCACAGCACUAGUGACAGUAGCAUGAUGCAGCCCCUGCCAAACUCAGUCAUGUCCCAGGCCCUGCCAAGUGCCCCGCACUACAUGCGCCAGGUAGAAUCACACACCAGCAAUCUGAGGAUGCCGCUCACCGUGACCAGCAAUUCCCAAGUGAUGGGCACUGCUGGAAGCACCUUCCUGCCCACACUCUUUCCUACACAGCCGGCUAGAGACAACAAGAAUUUCCUUUACCUUCCUGGCCAGCAGCAACCACAAUUUGUGGCUGUGCCGCCCCCUGCUAUGCCAUCAUUCCCGAACCCCAUGUCGGUACAGCAAGCGCCAGCUCAGCAGCAGCAGGUUGUAGGAGGAAUUGGUCCGGGGGAAAAGAAGCCCUACGAAUGCACUCUCUGCAGUAAAACCUUUACUGCUAAACAGAACUACGUCAAACACAUGUUUGUCCAUACUGGUGAGAAGCCUCAUCAGUGCAGCAUCUGCUGGCGCUCGUUCUCCCUGAAGGAUUACUUAAUCAAACACAUGGUGACACACACAGGGGUGCGGGCCUACCAGUGCAGCAUCUGCAACAAGCGUUUCACCCAGAAGAGCUCUCUCAAUGUCCACAUGCGGCUGCACCGUGGAGAGAAGUCCUAUGAGUGCUACAUCUGCAAGAAGAAGUUCUCACACAAGACCCUGCUGGAGAGGCACAUGGCCCUGCACAGCACAGGCACAGGGCUGUCGGGGAGCGCAGGUACCCCGGGCCCAGUCUCCAUUCCCAUGCCUAUGGCUGUCCCUGAGCCUGGAGCUGGAGUGGUGGCCCUCGCCAUGCCAGUGAGCGGAGGUGCUGGAGUAGGGGUUGGGGUUGGAACAGGAGUGGGUGUAGCUGCAGAAGCGAGCUGCCAAGAAGGGACCACCUACGUGUGCUCCGUCUGCCCUGCCAAGUUCGACCAAAUGGAGCACUUCAAUGACCACAUGCGAAUGCAUGUCUCCGAUGGAUAAGUACUAAUAGAUAAACUUCUUUCAAAAAGAAUGACAAAUAAAAUGGCACUAGAUUUUCCUUUUCUUAUUUUGAGGUAUGAAGAGUAAUGAGUAUAGACACUGGCACAUUAAGUUUCCCAAAAGAUUUUUUUUUUUUUUUUCUGUUAUUCUAAAAGAAAAAAAAGAUGGUGGCCUUAAGGCUUAGUAGUUUGAUAUUGAUCUACUGGAUGGAUCCUAACUACAGGCCUCUAAAUGUAUGCUUUCCUAAAAUACUGAUUUAUGUGUUGAACACUACCGAAAGGCCUGCGAAAGAAUCAUAUACACACAAACACACCUUUAGUGUAGAUAUGUCUGAAUGAAUAUACAUGUGCAUAUAUGUUUGAGCGUUUGUGUAUUUGCAUGUGUCUGUCUGUUUGUCCCUGUGUGUGUGUGUGUGUGUGUGUGUGUGUGUGUGUGUG